AUGCAAGUGAUUAUCUAUGGCUGCAAUGAAUUGGUGCAACCAGGAGUGCAAGUUGAUGCUAUAUAUGUUGAUAUUUGUCUAACCGUGAAUUUCUUAGAAGGAAAUAAAGUAAAAAACUCACAUGAGGAUGCAAUUCUAGCAUACCCUAUAGUUCUUAAUAAAGCAAUUUUUUUUGUUGAUUUAAUUUUCCAAUAUAAAGCUGUUAUAGAUCCUGUCUUAAAGAUUUCAUUCACAAACCCUACUAAAAUUAAAUCCUCACCAGGAAACAACUCUAGUAUAAUAAAACCUUUGCUACUAGCCGUUGGUGUGAUGGAGUAG